AUGGCCCUGUGGCUUGUUUCCCAUUUGCAAACCAGGCUAUAUGUCUGCACUGGGCAGCUGAGUGGAUUUAUGCAGAUUUUGUAUGUACAACUACAAGUGCAGGCAUGUUCCAGCUUGAGCCACAGUUGGUGCCCCUCAGUUUAGCAAUGAUGCAGGAGGCAAGAGUUUGCUACUGUAUACUGAAAACUAGUGAAGUUGGGAAAAGGAGCAGCAUGGUUUAAUUUGUUGUUGUUGUUUAGUCGUUUAGUCGUGUCCGACUCUUCGUGACCCCAUGGACAAGAGCACGCCAGGCACUUUUGUCUUCCACUGUCUCCCGCAGUUUGGUCAGACUCAUGUUUGUAGCUUCGAGAACACUGUCCAACCAUCUCAUCCUCUGUCGUCCCCUUCUCCUUGUGCCCUCCAUCUUUCCCAACAUCAGGGUCUUUUCCAGGGAGUCGUCUCUUCUCAUGAGGUGGACAAAGUAUUGGAGCCUCAGCUUCACGAUCUGUCCUUCCAGUGAGCACUCAGAGCUGAUUUCCUUAAGAAUGGAGAGGUUUGUUCUUCUUGCAGUCCAUGGGACUCUCAAGAGUCUCCUCCAGCACCACAAUUCAAAAGCAUCUAUUCUUCGGCGAUCAGCCUUCUUUAUGGUCCAGCUCUCACUUCCAUACAUCACUACUGGGAAAACCAUGGCUUUAACUAUACGGACCUUUGUUGGCAAGGUGAUGUCUCUGCUUUUUAAGAUGCUGUCUAGGUUUGCCAUCGCCUUUCUCCCAAGGAGCAGGCGUCUUUUAAUUUCGUGACUGCUGUCACCAUCUGCAGUUUAAUGGUUCAAUACAAUGUUAUUAAAACUUAACUUGAAACUCAAUGCUAUGCAAAGUAAAGCAUGCCAAAAAGUUUAGAAAUCAAUGGUCUUUUUUCCAAUCUUUUUUAAUUGAUUUCCCAAGUUUAUAACAAACAAAACACACAAAUAAAGAAAAAAGACAUUACAAUACUAUAAAAGGCAACAAAAACAAACACAUAAACACCUAAUACUUUAAGACCUAGUUUAAUUUUCAUUGUUAACUGACUUCCUCGAACCCCUCCUUUACUGAGUUUCAUUGAAUCACUUUUUAACAGCUCUCCAAUAUCCUCUUUCUAAUCAAAUUGACACCUUUAAUUUACAAUCUUCUUCUCUUUUCAUAAUUAUCUAAAUCCAUAGUAUUUUACAAUUCAUUCUUACUCUAGUCCUAGGCCCAUUUGAUACUUUCAAGUAACUUCUACUUAUUGUAUGUUACAAUAAAUAGUCUUUCUAAAUUUCUUCCAAUCUUUUGCUAAAUAGUCUUUCAAUUUCUUCCAAUCUUCUCGAUAUUCCUCUUCUUUCUGAUCGCGGAUUCUUCCAGUCAGUUCGGCUAGCUCCAAAAAGUCUAACGUCUUCAUCUGUUGAAAUCAAUGGUCUUAGGGAGGCCUAACCCCACAUAGAGUUCAGACUAAGUAUGCAUUUGCAUUUCAGGAAAGGAAAAAAAGCGGGGAAGGAUGCCACAAACUCUUCUGGGUAUAUGUAGUAUUUUAUUUUUAUUUUUAACGUCAUUGCUUAAGGUUUAAAGAAGCAGCUUUGUAUGCUGGCUUUCAGACCUGAGCAACUUAUUUCAAAGUAACUCUGUGAAAGCAACUAUCACGUUUGGUUUAUAAGAAAAGGACUAGCUGCUCUGAUUACCUGUCAAGAUUACAGCUGCAAAACUCCCCUGGCUGCUGUUCUCAUUUCUAAUCAUGACUUGAGUUUGGAAAUCAGUGUGACUGCCUAUAAGGUUGAACAAACAGCCAGGCAGAGACGAGCAACGCGCCUCUUCCAUUUCCUGAGAUACCUAAGUGUAAAGAACUGGGAAAGUACAUAUUUGUUGCUCCUCAUCCAUGCUCUGGCUGUUCUGUCCCCCGUUUUUUAAAGCUUGGCUUCCUAACAUUUAUUGGUGUUUGACUCAGGGUUAAUCCUGUGACUGAAGUGUAAAAGAAGGUGUGGCCUUUUAAAAUUUUAUUUUAAGGACACAUCGUAGUGGUCUUUGGGAGGUGUCAAACAUCUUUUGGAAACCGUGGCAGUGGCCAGUAAAAAAGAGUUUGGCUUUUUAGUACUACUUUUUUAAAGAAAUGGCAAAUUGCUGUGGGACAGAGGAGUCACCGGAAAACUUUUGGCAUCACCGUAUCAUAGCAGGGAACAUACAGGAGCAGGCAGUAAAAUAAAAUAAAAAGUUAGUAAAAUAAUAAUUUGAGGUGUCUUGGGGGCCAACGAAAACCUUUUGGCAUUAUGACAUCACAGAGGUGGGCCCACUGGAACAGAGAUAUAGAUGAUAGAUAGAUAGAUAGAUAGAUAGAUAGAUAGAUGAUAGAUAGAUAGAUAGAUAGAUACCUAGAUAGAUGAUAGAUAAUACAAAUUGAGUCGGGGUUUAUGUGGCCUUCAGUUUGAAGCUUAGGAAACCCUACUUGGAAAGACAAAUUGUAAGAUCUUUGCUGCACAUAUAAUGGACUGUGGAGAGAGGUCAGACCCUCUAGGCAGUGUAGUGUAGUGGUUAGACUGGGACCUGGGAUUCCUAUCUGGCCAUGAAGCUCACUGGGUGACCUUGGGCCAGUCACUGCCUCUCAGCCUAACCCACCUCACAGGGUUGUUGUGGAGAUUAAUUGAGGAUGGGGAGAACCAUGUACACCACCUUGAGCUCCUUGAAGAUGCAAGGUGGGCUACAAAUGCAAUAGUUACAUAUCUGGACAUCCAAACCUCUCCCAUCAGCUUCCCCAACCUGGUGCUCUCCAGAUAGUCCAGCUGGUUAGAGCGUGGUGCUGAUAAUGCCAAGGUUGCAGGUUUAAUUCCUGUAAGGGACAGCUACAUAGUCCUGCACUGCAGGGGGUGGACUAGAUAAUUCUCUGGGUCUAUGAUAUCUAUGAUAGCAGGGUGUGCCUAUUGCAGAAUUUCUGGGCAUUUGAUAAGAUGAGAAUGACAGUUUGCAUUUCUUAGUACAGAAACUAUUGAUCUGAUGUGUAGAGAUCUUUCCUGUUCAGCUUAGUUCAAGAGGGUUCUGGAAGGUUUCUUCUCUAUGUGAAAGAAGGUUCUUGUUUGGGUUAUUCCUUCUGAAAAGCAGAGUACAGCUGGCUUAAACUUGUUCUGUUAUCUCUUUCUGUUGAGGUCAUACUAUAAUAGCAAAGCGAAAAGGAACCUGGGUCUUCACUUACUUUCUCUUUCUAUCUCUUUGUUCUGGUGUGAUGUUUUGUUCUGCAUAUAGUGUUAAAGUUUAGAGUUAUUAUAAGUUAUUGCAAAUCUGCUGCAACUGGAUUUCUUAUGGACAGUGCCAAUUCUGAAUGUAUUGGAUUUGUGACCAUUAUGCUCAUUUGCCUUCAGUAGCAGUAAAGCUCUGCUGGAUGAAGGACAAUUGGCUCUGGUCUAUUUUUGGGAACUCUACAACGUGUUUAAGAUUUUCCUCCACAAGCGCGGCAGAGAACCCAUUCUUCAGAUGUUUUGGAGCAUAACUUCCAUCUGCCCCAGCCAGUGACUUUGGUCAAAAACACAUCUGGAGGCAUCAGGUUGGGGAAGGAUGCUGCACAUGGUUUAGGACUGCAUAAGAGCCUAGGGCUUGCCGAUCAGAAGGUCGGCAGUUCAAAUCCCUGCAACAUGGUGAGCUCCCAUUGCUCGGUCCCUGCUCCUGCCAACCUAGCAGUUCUAAAGCACAUCAAAGUGCAAGUAGAUAAAUAGGUACCGCUCCAGCAGGAAGGUAAACGGCGUUUCUGUGAGCUGCUCUGGUUCGCCAGAACUGGCUUAGUCAUUCUGGCCACAUGACCCGAAAGCUGUACGCUGGCUCCCUCGGCCAGUAAAGCGAGAUGAGCUCCGCAACCCCAGAGUCGGUUACGACUGGACCUAACGGUCAGGGGUACCUUUAAAAAGAAUAAAGACACAUGAAGCUUCUUUUAAAAGUAAUAAGAAGUUUACUCACAUUCAGUUCACAGCUGGAUCCCUGAAGGCAGGCUUUAGCUUGUAGUUACAGACAGUGUAGCCUACAUCCUUGUAAGGAUGGGCCCAUGUGCUGCUGGCAGAGAGCCAGCAGUGUAGUCCAAGAGAAGAAAAGGCAGCAAAAGAGGAAGGCAGCUCCGUGACUGGCCUUUUGUGGGGUCUGCAAGGGUCAUGCCCACCUACCUGGUCACAUGCAGGGAGAGGAUGCUCCAGACCAGGUGUAACAGGAAGUUCAACUGGCUGGAUCAAUAUCCUCCUGUCUGCGUCCACUCUAGGCAAACAGGAAGUGAUGUACUUGACUGCUUAUGUUACAUCCCACAAAAUCAAGCACUAAAAAGCAGCCCAUUGGAUCAAGUGGUUUCUGGUGCUUCUGGUGAGAUCUCUCAAGAGGUCUGUGGGACCUCGCUGGAACCUGCAGUUGCUUCUCCUUGCUUCUCCCCCUGCCAAGGAAGAAGAGCUGACAGUGAAAUUUGAAGCAUUCAAGGGUAAAUACGGAAACCAAGGAAUGGCAAACACGGGAAAUUGAUGGAUAAAGUAAUUUAUGAUCUAUGUUAACAUCUGCUCCCCUUCCCAGGUUGAGCACACAAUAAAUGAACUAUUUAUUGCCUUUUGCAGUUAGUCGAGGUCCUUUGUGGAGAUCUCCAGGGGGAUCAAUCCUUUGAACUGCUCCUUGCUUGCUUUUAAGUUUGCAUUCCUGGCUGGGAUUUGGGACUGGACUCCGCAGGGCUCCCUUCUGAGCAAACGCACACAGAAGCAGCCUGCCAGGCGCCUUCCCCAUCCACUUGCAACCAGCAACGGACCUACAUUUUAGGAGCCCAGAACUGAUAUGGGGCUUCCCUUCACAACCAGCAGCAAGGUCUGGGGAACCCCUGUUGUUUCUUUCUAUGGGGUUGUUCCACGGCAGAUCACCACAUUUAUUUUUUUAAGUAAAAAAUUAGCUACUACAUCUCAGAUUUUGAUUAAAAUGGCUGCACUGGAUUAUCUCACAUGUCAAAGUCACUGGUGUGAAUAAAAAUGUCCCAUGCAUUAUAGUUUUCGAGUUAUGAGGAUGGAUGAAAAUUAUGGAAAAAUAGGGAAAUGUAAUAUACAUGCAUGAAGGGACGCGGGUGGCGCUGUGGGUUAAACCACAGAGCCUAGGACUUGCUGAUCAGAAGGUCGGCGGUUCGAAUCCCCAUGACGGAGUGAGCUCCCAUUGCUCAGUCCCUGCUCCUGCCAACCUACGACUGGACCUAAUGGUCAGGGGUCCCUUUACCCUUUACCUUUUAAUAUACAUGCAUGAGGCACUUUUAAAAGCAUUUUUUUUUAAGCGAUAUGGCCUAAAAUUAAUCUGGGGCCCCUCUGGGAUUAGAGGCCCUGAAGUUUAAGUUUCUGCCUCUACUUGCAACCCCACGUGCACUUGGGAAAUGCCUGUGCUCACCCCCUCCCAAGAGAAGCACAUAUAGGAGCCAACUCCUAGGGACUAAGGUCCCUUCAGCCUCCCCCCACUAAAAUAUUUGAGGUGGCCACCUCCCCCCCCCCCCAAAAAAUUGAUGGGUAUUCCCAUUCAAACCACCAUGUGAUCCAUUAUGUGGGGCGGGGCUUACCUGGGUCCCCACAAUAUUUUAUUCAAGUUGGCACCCCUGGCAUGGGGGGGGGGCAGGGAGGAGCAUCUUCCCCCCCAUCAAUAAAAAUCAAUAAAAAUACAUAGCUAACUGAGGUUCUCUCCCACCAACAAAAGGCCUGGUGAUGUGAAUGAAUGAAUUAAUUUAUUAAUACGGUCACAGACCAGCGCCAGGUGAUGUGAAAAAAACACUUAGAAUUUGGGUUCGGGGCCUCACAGGGGUCCGGUUGGAGAAGACAGGUGAUUUCCAACCAAGGAUUGAAAGAAACAAGUGGCUUUUCAAAAGCACGGAUCCUUUAUUCGGUUGCAACUGGGUUCCCCACGCAAAGGUGAAAAAGCGUAUGAGGGACCCCACCCAAAGCUAAGUUCAGAAUACUUGGAUACAAUUAUAAAAACAGAGAUAGGGUAAAUUGAGGAAAUAGAGUAAUGGGCAUGCAGGGAGGAAAGAAAAAUGCUUUAUUUGACAAUAAGGGGGGGGGAUUCGAAGGAGGGGAAUAACGGGAGAAGCGAAUUAAAAGGAGAGCAGGCUAAAGGUAAAAUUGAGGAAAAGGUUUAUAUAUGUCUCUUAGGUUGCCUUCAUUUGGUUUAUUUGGUCUUGGUUUUCAGCUUCUUUAGCUAUUUUUCUACAUCACUGGCUACGCCCACGACCCCUGGUAUGCAACCUGCGCCCGCAGGGCCCCCAAUCCCGCUCAUUUCCACGAAGCUCCUGCUCCCCACCCAGGAAAGCUGCCCGCUUUGCGCCAGGAAUUGCGCCCCGGCCUCCUUGCGCCCCACGGGCUCUAACUUCCAAGCCUGCCCGGCUCUCGCUUCGCAUCCCUCGAACACCCCAGCUCGACCCACCCGCUUUCCCAGGCGCGCUCCCUGCGCAGGUGGCUCGAGCCCGCAACGCAUCGGAGAGGGGCGGGAUCGCGCUCAGGCGAGCGCGCGAGCGCGUGGCGGGGAAGGGAGGCCCGGAGGCGAGCAGAUGCCGCGCGCAGGGGGCGGAGAAGCUGCUGCAGCAGCGGCAGUAGCAGCGCGGGCGCGGCAAGAGCGAGUUUUUUACGCGGCUGGAGCCUCGCUCGCGGCGAAGGGGCGGGUGCCUGCGACCCGGGUGAGUAGCCUGCGCCGCGCCCACCCUCCUCUCCGGAUUGCGCGCUCGGGUUGGAUGGGGGACCCCCCUCUCCAUGCCCAAGCACGGGCCGGUCCCGGGGUUCCUAGGGCGGUAGAGCUUCUCCUGGGGAAAAGGGCGCAGUUCUCGGGACUUUGCGCGCAUUCCCUCCCCACCCCCAAAGAAAAGCGAAGCUGUGCGGCCCCGAGGGCACAUACCGUGGGGAGCCUCGAACUCGGCGGGGCUUACUCCCGAGUAAAUGCAUGCGAGGCUCGUGCUGCAAAGGCACGCUUCUUCUUGGGAGAUGGAAACAGGCGCAAGAGCGCGCUGCACCCCGAGGCUGCCAGGGCGCUUCCUUUCUUCCAAGGGGCAGCGAAGGGGUCCCGGUAGGAGUUAAUUUCCCCGGGCAGGGCGCGCGCCGCUGCUCCGUUUGCUUUAAGGCGAGGAUUCCCGCAGGGCUCGCUUGCCCAGGAGGUGCUGCUGCGCCCUUAGGCGGGCUUGCGCUGCGCAAGUGGGCGCCGCCGUCGAGGGAAGGACAGGGACCCGGGUGGAAAGCGCCGUGGAGGGGCUCCCAUUUCUCGCUGCAGGCUGAAGCCUCGCGCAGAGCCUACCCUGGGCAUUGCGGGAAGAAGAGAGCUGUUCGGCAGCGCAACUGACUGGUAGUCCUUCCUUGGCGGUUUUUAAAAAGAGGUUGGAUGGCCAUCUGUCAUGGAUGCUUCAGUUGAGAUUCCUGCAUUGCAGGGGGCUGGACUAGAUGACCCUCAGGGUCCCUUCCAACUCAUAAUUUCCUUUCACAGCACCUUUUGGAGCGCAUGGCAAAUGUGUGACAUUGACUGCCUUUCCGUGCAUGUUUAGAAGAUUGCUGCAGGUUGUGAUCCACCAGCGGUACACGCGCGGUGUUAGAGGAAAUCAUAGAAUCAUAGAGUUGGAAGAGACCACAAGGGCCAUCGAGUCCAACCCCCUGCCAAGCAGGAAACACCAUCAGAGCACUCCUGACAUAUGGUUGUCAAGCCUCUGCUUAAAGACCUCCAAAGGAGGAGACUCCACCACACUCCUUGGCAGCAAAUUCCACUGUCGAACAGCUCUUACUGUCAGGAAGUUCUUCCUAAUGUUGAGGUGGAAUCUUCUUUCUUGUAGUUUGGAUCCAUUGCUCCGUGUCCGCUUCUCUGGAGCAGCAGAAAACAACCUUUCUCCCUCCUCUAUGUGACAUCCUUUUAUAUAUUUGAACAUGGCUAUCAUAUCACCCCUUAACCUCCUCUUCUCCAGGCUAAACAUGCCCAGCUCAAAAGGUUGGGACUCGCUGCCUGAGAAGGGUUAGAUUUGAGCUGUUAUCACUUAGUACUGGAACAAGCACAGGAGUGAAAGGGAGAAGGGAAGGGACUUGGAGAUCUCCCCUCCUUUACUGCUCUGCAAAUUGUUGCCCCCAGUGAGCUAGUCAAGAAUUUGAAUGUGUUUGGGUUUCAUAAAUUCUCCUAGGUCAAACCCCCCACACAAUCAGCCUUUAAAUAUAAACACAACUUUUCCCUGGCCGCUUCCAGAUGACCUGUUUACUGAGCAUUCCUUCCUGAUAUGCUGGCAGGGGGAUUAGAGGGCAACUGCUGUUUAAUGAUCAUUCACUCUCAUUUGUUUGUGGGGAGGUUAAACAGCGUUGCAUCAAAUCAAGUGCAUUCCCCUCACUUUCCUUAUUGCAAAAAGUUUGAUCUUUUGAGGAAGUGGGUUUGUUCCGUGGGACAUUCAAAUCCGCUUUAAUCGCACAACCUGAAUUUGCCAGUAUGUGAUUGAAUCUCUCCCACAAAUUGUGACAGUCACACUACUGGGUUCACAUCAAUUUUUUAUCCAGAGACUCUAGAGUGUUGUGCAGCAGGUUGCUUGUGGAAAGGAAUUUCGAAGUUGAGCAAUAUCCAAGGCUAGUUUAGGUGAGUGUCUUAAAUGCCUUAGCUGGAGAUAAGGUUAGUAGGGUGCUAGUCUGUACAUGGAGUAACUUUCGGGAAGCUGUUGUUUUUUAGAUGGAAUAUUUUCAGUUAUGGCUUCCACUCAGAUAGCUUUGGAAUUGAAAAACUGGGUGUAGGAGCACUGGGUCAAUCUGAAAUAUUAGUAAGUACGCAUGAAGUUGCUUUAGAUCGUGGGUAGGCAAACUAAGGUCCGGGGGCCGGAUCUGGCCCAAUCACCUUCUAAAUCCGACCCGCGGACAGUCCAGGAAUCAGUGUGUUUUUACAUGAGUAGAAUGUGUCAUUUUAUUUAAAAUGCAUCUCUGGUUAUUUGUGGGGCAUAGGAAUUUGUUCAUCCCCCCCAAAAAAAAAUAUAGCCCGGCCCCCCACAAUGUCUGAGAGACAGUGGACCGGCCCCCUGCUGAAAAAGUUUGCUGACCCCUGCUUUAGAUUAACACUGUUUCAGUACCACUGUUAUAGGGUAGGAGGACUGCGUUUGGAAUCCUGUUUGCUUUACAGGAGGUGCCAGCCACCCCUAGCUCUCUGUGGGAUGUGCACAUCUACCAUACUCACAAAUACGGUAAAGCUCUUGGGAGCUGACGUGAACUGGUUAAUGCAUAAUGGGCAGCUACAUAUAUUGCUUUUCCUUGGCAGCAGAGAGGACUCUCCCACCCUUAGCACCUACUCUGUGUGCAGGUGUGUGGUGUCCCUUCUGAUCUUGGUGGAAAGAGUGAAGAGAUAAGCCUCUUCAUUCCUUGGUGCUGCCUGCAGAGUGAGAGUUAGGCUUCCUCGCCCUUGUUAGCAGUUACGAAAAGGUAGAUAGGCAGUUGCCUGCUCCUUAUCUUAAGCUUAUGCCUUUUUGGCUCAUAGAAGAUGGGCCCUGUGUAUAGGUUAGUAGUAUCUAUUUUCUAUUCUCUGUCUAUUCCAGCUGUCUAAUUAAUCAUACCAGGGAUCAAAUCUGGGGCCUAGGGCUUGCAAAUAUGUGCUGACACACUGAGCUAUGGUCUCUCCUAAGUACUUAAGUACAGGAGGGACGCGGGUGGUGCUGUGGGUUAAAACACAGAGCCUAGGGCUUGCUGAUCAGAAGGUCGGCGGUUCGAAUCCCCGCGACGGCAUGAGCUCCCGUUGCUCGGUCCCAGCUCCUGCCAGCCUAGCAGUUCGAAAGCACGUCAAAGUGCAAGUAGAUAAAUAGGUACCGCUCUGGCGGGAAGGUAAACGGUGUUUCCGUGCGCUGCUCUGGUUCACCAGAAGCGGCUUAGUCAUGCUGGCCACAUGAUCCAGAAGCUGUACACCGGCUCCCUUGGCCAAUAAAGCGAGAUGAGCGCCGCAACCCCGGAGUCGGCUGCAACUGGACCUAACGGUCAGGGGUCCCUUUACCUACUUUCCAUGCACAACUUCAUGCUGGAUUUCUUAAGUUUGCACCUCGCUUGUUAUGGAGGAGCUAACCUUUUAGCCCAGCCACUUGUUUUUAUUAAAGGACUGUAUCCUCUUCCUCCUUGUUAAAUGUGUAUUAGAGUGUUCUCACCACCUUAAGUGUUGGUCCAAUUUCUCCCAAACCCCAAGGUUAUUAAGCUUGAUACUUUUCCUGCUCUUUGCCCACCAUAAUUGUAUAAACAGAAGUCUGGGUUAAGGCCCAAACUCAAGUGAUAAAUAAUAACUAAUUUAAGUUCCUAAAAGCAUUGUUAAAAAUGUUUGCUAGUUUAAAAGAUAAACUACAUAACAUUUACGUUAACCACUCCUCUUACCUGUGGUACAAAAGAAAAAAAGAUUUCGUUCAGAAAAAUUAUUACCCUUGGAUCUUAACCUUAUCUUUUUUACUAGCUCUGGAGAACUAAUGGAAUACUUAUUACUGCUACCAAUGUAAUUGCUCAGUCCCGGUGAUAUAUUUAAUUUUAAUUUUGUUAUGUUUAUGGCGAAGGCUGUGACUUUGUUUCAACUUUAUUAUUUCAUCAGACUGUCAGAGAUGUAGUUUUGGGUCUUUGUUUUAUUUUGUUUGUUUGUUGUAAAGCUCUAUUUAAUACCGCUUAGGCUUAGCGUACUUACGGUAACCAAAUUUGUGUCAUUGUGAGAGCAAUAGUGAACUUUUGUCUCUAAUUCCAAAAAUUAAAUUAAAAUUGCGAUUUAUUUUUUUAAAAAAAGUGAGGUGGCAGUUGCUGCGCUGCUGACUGGCCAAAAGUAGUCCAUAAGAAUCGCCAGAUCUUCUCUCCACUCUUCUGAGUUGAAUUGUCUUCAUGUUACUUCAUUAUCCAGCUUCAGUUCCAUCUCAGCUUUUCGGACUGUAAGCUACUUGCAGGGCAGUGACCUCUCUAUUUUUGCCUGAGAUUAGCACACUGGCUAAUUGACCAGGCAAGGGCUGUCAAUUGACCACCUGUUAUUUAACCAUUGUCACAUAUCCCACAAUGCCAAGAAUGCUGCAGUGUUAAUGGAAGCUUUUAAAAUUUUUUCCUUGUAAUGCCACACAAUAGCAAGGCCCAAGAGCAGGGGUAGGCAACCUAAGGCCCGUGGGCCAGAUGCGGCCCAAUCGCCUUCUCAAGCCGGCCUGUGAAUCAGCGUGUUUUUACAUGAGUAGAAUGUGUGCUUUUAUUUAAAAUGCAUCUCUGGGUUAUUUGUGGGGCAUAGGAAUGUGUUCAUUUUUUCCUUCAAAAUAUAGUCUGGCCCCCCAAAAGGUCUGAGGGACGGUGGACCAGCCCCCGGCUGAAAAAGGUUGCAGAUUCCUGCCCAAGAGCAAGGGUUGAGCCCCCAUAGUCAUGCGAGAGCAAACUUAGCAGCCAAACUAUCCACAAUAACAGCAAUCUUCUCCCAGCAGAAACAGAAUCUUUGAACAACUGAACCAACUUUGCUGAUUCUUUAUAAAUUCGAUUAAAACAAUUUCAUGCUUUUCCAAUAUGUUACACUAACUGCAAGCACCAGCGUUUUUCUUUUUGUGCUAAUAAAAUUAAUAUUUGACCAAAUCUUUCUUUACAAGUCACUUGAACAAAACCCUAUUUUGACUGAUAAAAUGCCCAAUCCCAGGGCGUUUAUUUUUUCCCCAGAUGGAACUCAGUUCUGGCUCCUCUCAGGUGGGCACCAUUGCCAUUAUAAGAGAACAAGGGAGGUGUUCAUGGUGAGUUCUGGCACCUCUUUUUCUAGAAAAAUAGCACAACACAAUUCUAUUGUCUCUUUUCAUCCAUGGCCCAUGCAAUGUAAUUCCUUCAUGACACCUAAGUCAAGUGGAAACUGAAACAGGAAAGUGGGUGAUGCCUUCAAAUUGCAAGGCCAAAUUGGGGGUAAUAAAGUGUUGUAAAUUCCCCAAAGUUACUAGCCUGUGAUUUUGUUUUUCUAGCCAUCCUGCCACCCAGUCCAUAUAAAAAAAUGGCAAGUCUUUUCUUUUAAAAAAGUUUUUAUAUUUAUUUUUAAAAGCAGGAUAAGCAACAACAAUGUCUAGAGGCAUUUCUUACUGCCAAUUGGCACGGGGCUCUUUGAGAAGCCUUGAGAAAGAGGAGGACUGAUUCACACAACUGAAUUUGUUUUCUCCUCGAAGUCUCUCAUUUCUUUUCUCUCUCUCCCUGCCGCAUCCCUGCUCCCCCAAGUGAGUUGAAAGCCCUCCUCCUGUUUUCCCUCUUGACAUUUUCUAGGGAUGAUAUUAUGUUGCUUAUUAAUGUUUCCUCACUUGCUUCGCAGUGCCCUCAUGGGGUGUGCUUUAUAAAUAAUAAUUGACUUUAUACCAAUUAGCAAAACUAUAAUCCCAAGAAUUUUGGAAGCUGACUGAAAUUCAAACCAGCUGCCAGUCUGGAGAUGGCUGAAUCUUGCUUCUGGAGAUUAUCACUCUUUUGAUGCUUUUACCGUGCUUUAAUAAGCCAAUUAUAGCGCAGCUCAUCUUUUACAAAGAGGGGCUUCCAGUCUUAACAGAGACUUGAAAACCAUUUUUGAAAACGUCACCCAGCUCCUUAUCAUUGUGUUAAUUCUUCUAAAGCAGGGGUCAGCAAACUUUAUCAGCAGGGGGCCGGUCCACUGUCCCUCAGACCUUGUGGGGGCCGGACUAUAUCUUGUGGGAAAAAAUAAAAAAUGAACAAAUUCCUAUGCCCCACAAAUAACCCAGAGAUGCAUUUUAAAUAAAAGGACACAUUCUACUCAUGUAAAAACACCAGGCAGUUCCCACAAAUAACCCAGAGAUGUGUUUUAAAUAAAAGGACACAUUCUACUCAUGUAAAAAACACUAUGAUUCCUGGACCGUCCUCGGGCCGCAUUUAGAAGGCGAUUGGGCCGGAUCGGGCCCCCGGGCCUUAGUUUACCUAUCCAUGUUCUAAAGUGAUCUCCAGCAAUGCUUGAUCACUCAGCUGAGAGGCGACCAGGUACCCUCAAUUAUCAUUUGUCAUUUAUUUACUUAUUUGAUUUGUAUUCCUCUCUUUUGAUAAAUUCCCCAUGGCCCACGCUGAUGUCAAAAAAUUAAAGUUACACCACCACAAUAUGAAAGAGCAGUAAAAACCACCACCACCCCACAUUAUUGCAUUGUUUUCAAGGCUAAAUUCUCCUUGUAUUCCACAAGUUGCAGCUUCUUGAAUCUUGGGCAAUCCCAGGAAGAGGUUCUGUUAGUUCAAGAUGCAUUUGUGUGUGUGUGGGGGGGGGGUGAUUUCCCAGUCUACAUAUUUAUUUUACUUCUUUAUUAUAAAUGAGUGCAUAGUAAAUGGACUUGUAAAGCCACAAUUCUUCAAAUUGCUGAUUUUGUGGUGGUGUUAGUUUCCUGAAAUGAGUUUCCUCAUCUUAAUUAAUCUGUGGCGAUGUGGGUGUAAACCACAGAGCCUAGGACUUGCCAAUCUGAAGGUUGGCGGUUCGAAUCCCCACGACGGAGUGAGCUCCCAUUGCUCGGUCCCAGCUCCUGCCAACCUAGCAGUUCGAAAGCACAUCAAAGUGCAAGUAGAUAAAUAGAUACCGCUCUGGCGGGAAGGUAAAUGGCGUUUCCGUGCGCUGCUCUGUGGCGCCAGAAGGGGCUUAGUCAUGCUGGCCGCAUGACCCGGACGCUGUACGCCGGCUCCCUCGGCCAAUAAAGCGAUAUGAGCGCCGCAACCCCAGAGUCAGCCACGACUGGACCUAAUGGUCAGGGGUCCCUUUACCUUUACCUUUAUGUGCAACUACAUCUCUGAAGAUGCUAAUUCAACGCAGAUGAUAGCCAUUAUAGUGGUCAUGAAGCUGACUGAGGGUUAGGAAAAAAGAGGGGAGCAUCUUAUACUAAUACUAAUACUUUACCUUUUUUUUUUUUUUUACUACUAAUAAUAUAUUAUUUAUACCCCACCCAUGUGACUCCAGCCACUCUGGGCAGCUCCUAGACUAGGGGUCAGCAAACUUUUUCAGCAGGGGGCCAGUCCACUGUCUCUCAGACCUUGUGGGGGGCCAGACUAUAUUUUGAAGGGGAAAAAAGAACGAAUUCCUAUGCCCCACAAAUAACCCAGAGAUGCAUUUUAAAUAAAAGGACACAUUCUACUCAUGUAAAAACACGCUGAUUCCCGGACCAUCCACGGGCCGGAUUUAGAAGGAGAUUGGGCCUGAUCAAGCCCCCGGGCCUUAGUUUGCCUACCCUGGCCUAGACUGUGAGUUCCUAGACUUGCAGUGUUUCUCAAACUUGGGUCCCCAGCUUUUGUUCGACUACAGCUCCCAUCACCCCUGACCACUGUUCCUGCUAGCUAGGGAUGAUGGGAGUUGUGGUCCAACAACAGCUGGGGACCCAAGUUUGAGAAACACACUUACAGAAGAAUGGCAGGAUGAAAGCAUAGCAGUUACUUCUUAAUAUGCCUUUACUCUCUCAUCCCCGGUCCAUAUUUAAUUCAUAAAACUUGCUAUCCUUCAUUUGUUCUAUAAAACAUAGAUGACUUACUCUAAAGUAAAAUAAAUGCUGCAGGGCUGGAUUCUGUCUGUUUUGCAAAAGCAUGCCCAUGUGAUUUGAGAAUUCCUAUGCCUACAUUUGAUCCUUCUUGGUUAUCCUUGCAUCUCCCAUUCUCCCAGGGCUGAAGCGUAGAUUGUAAACUCCUUGUUGAAUUAUUGAUUGUGAUUAGGGCUGGGCAAUAAAUCAGUAUAUCGUCCAAAACCAGUUUGAAGCCCAUAUCGUGAUAUUGGCUUCAUAAUUUUUGACCCGGCAAUAUAUUGUGAACCUUGGUUUGUGUGUGUGUAUGAUAUGCAAAAACACAAUGUUGGGAAAACCAUGAAGCCAGCCAAUGUUUCUCUCGAUUCCUGCAGCCCCUGCUAAUUCUGCCGACUCAGCUCUCCCCUGCCUCAUACAGGGGCAUCCAAUCACAAGAGCAGGCACCGGCAAAAAUCACGAUGCAGGGAAAAUCAUGAAGCCAGCCAAUGCCUCCGUCCUUAUUCCAGACCUUUUGAUGCUAUCAGUUUAUCACUGUUUAGCUGCUGAUAUAUCAUGAUGUUGAAAACCAGCUAUCACCCAGCCCAAUUGUGAUGCAGACCAGGAAGCCCCUGGUUUCAAAUCUUGCCUCUGCCAUGAACUCACUAGGUAGCCUUAAGCAAGCUGUUCCCUUUCUACUGCUCCCUCCCAUGUAGUAUGAGGGAUAAUGAUGCCAACAGGACUGCUGGUUGGGUGAUAACAAGAUAAUGCAUGAGAAGCAGCUCUGAAUCCUUGGAAGCUCAUUUGAAUGUUAAGUGUGCCUCAGUCUGGAAGCAGGGCCAUCUUUACCUGGGGUGCAAGGGGUGCGGGACACUUGGGCGCCGAAUUCUGUGGGGCACCAGACACCCUGAAGCCACCUAAGCUUUUAACUAUCUAGGUAAAGGUAAAGGGACCCCUGACCAUUAGGUCCAGUCGUGGCCGACUGGGGUUGUGGUGCUCAUCUCGCUUUACUGGCCGAGGGAGCCGGUGUACAGCUUCCGGGUCAUGUGGCCAGCAUGACUAAGCCACUUCUGGCAAACCAGAGCAGCGCACGGAAACGCCGUUUACCUUCCCGCUGGAACGGUACCUAUUUAUCUACUUGCACUUUGACGUGCUUUCGAACUGCCAGGUUGGCAAGAGCUGGGACCGAGCAAUGGGAGCUCAAUCCGUCGCGAGGAUUCGAACCGCCGACCUUCUGAUCGGCAAGUCCUAGGCUCUGUGGUUUAACAUGCAGCACCACCCACGUCCCUCUAUGUACCUGUUAUGAAAUAAUCAUUUUGAUCAAGCUAGAAAAACAAAAUACAUAUAUACCUAGGUAUUUCCAAAAUGUAUACCUACUAAAGGACUUUCGACUUUGUGCGCUCAUUUACCAAAGAUGCGCCACGCUAGUGGUGGCGCUUGUCAUUCACAACCGCAGCGCUUGACUCAACGAUGGCGUUUGUCAUUCUCAACGGCGCCGUGCACGCCAAAUUAACUCUUACAUCAAAAUAUUAUGUUACGUAUUGUAUUGAGCUGCUAUGCGGCAGCAGGGUCAGUGGCACCUUUGACACGACUGAUGUUUCUCCUAAGUAGGUGCCUAAACAAUACUUAUAAGUUUAAGUGUAGUGGUGUUGUAUACUUAAAUAUAAGUGUAUUGUAAAUAAAUUGUAAACAAAAAAGUUUGUUUCUUUUUCCUCCCUUCUUUCGUAAACAAGAGAUCAGGCGUAAGUGUGGUGUCUGACAUAAGCAUAAUAAAAGUUAAUUUGGGGGCUAAACUAAAUUUGGGGGUGCUGGGCGGAUCCUUGCAUCCCGGCAGCACAUAUGCUAAAGACUAUGGUGUCUGGAAGUGAAGGCUGUGUGGUCUUGUGUGGUAUAUUAAGAUUGUUUACAUGCUUUAAUAUUUCAGAGGACUUGUCUGAUAUUAUGGAAUUUAAAAUUGGUAAAUUAACAUUUGCUCCAGAGCUCUGUUAUUAAGACUCAGUGUGACUCUGCAGCUGCUAACUUUAUUCUUAGCUACGCUUUCUCAGUUUGUAAAACAGUGUACCUGCUAUGCUCUCAGAUCUUUUGAAGGUCAAUUAAUGCCUGCUGGUAUGGAUCGAAUGUGCUUUGCAUCUAGGAAGAAGUAAACAGGAAGUGUUAUCAGCAUGUUGUAUAAAGAGCAGUGGAAUGUAGGUGGAAUGUUUGUAGCAGAGACACAGACCCUCCAAGAGUCCCUAUUUUCCAAGGACAUCCCAAAGUUUACAGAAGUCGUUACGGUUUCUGAGUUGAUCUUGGAUGCUUUUCCUUAAAAGGUAAAGGCACCCCUGACCAUUAGGUCCAGUCGUGGCCGACUCUGGGGUUGCAGCGCUCAUCUCGCUUUACUGGCCAAGGGAGCCGGCGUACAGCUUCUGGAUCAUGUGGCCAGCAUGACUAAGCCGCUUCUGGCAAACCAGAGCAGCGCACAGAAACGCGGUUUAGCUUCCCGCCGGAGCGGUACCUAUUUAUCUACUUGCACUUUUGAUGUGCUUUCAAACUGCUAGGUUGGCAGGAGCAGGGACCGAGCAAUGGGAGCUCACCCUGUCGUGGGGAUUCGAACCACCGACCUUCUGAUCAGCAAGUCCUAGGCUCUGUGGUUUAACCCACAGCGCCACCCGCGUCCCUAUGCUUUUCCUUAGGACGUCCCUAUUUUCAUCGGAUAAAUGUUAGAGGGUAUGGUAGGAUGUCCCUAUAUUUAUCAGAGAAAUGUCAGACGGUAUGGAGUUGUGCGACCCACCCAAGCCAAGGAGAUAAGUAAUUAUACAACGUUUAGAAGACACCUGAAGGCAGCCCCGUAUAGGGAAGUUUUAAAAAUGUUUAAUGUUUUAUUAUGUUUUUAUAUCUGUUGGAAGCCACCCAGAGUGACUGUGGCAACACCACAGUCAGAUAGGCAGGGUAUAAAUGAUAAAAUUAUUAUUAUUAUUAUGAAAUAGGAUGUCCCUAUUUUCAACAGAGAAAUGUUGGAGGGUAUGGAGACAAUGUAAUCCUUUUAAAAUACCGGAAAAGAAUCACAGGAAAACUGCAUGCCAAUAGCAUACUUUACUUUUAAAGAUUCUAGACUCUGGUUGCAUUUACACAUAAUACUAAGUCACAACAUGUUGUCUAAGUCAGCUGUAUUAGGCAUUCACUUCCACUUUUCUCUGCUUUUCACAUUAGCAGGUUAAACAGACUAUGUCUGGUUUGUUCAUCAUAAGAGACCAUGAUAGUUAGCCAACCUUAAGCAAUAGACCAUGGCUUGAUGUUGACUUGGCGAUUGUGGUUUGCUAGGGUGAAACAAACCAUGACCAUGAGUUUGAAUUUCAUGAUGAACAAGCCCUGCUGUUCUUUGCUUACCCAUUCACAUGACAAGAGGAGCAAGGUAGCUGUUUGGGGAAUGUAUGCAUAGACAUGGAACUAGUGAGAAGUAUUUUAUGGCUUAGUUUUGCAUGCUGUAAAGGUAAAGGGACUCUGGGGUUGCGGCACUCAUCUCGGUUUAUUGGCCGAGGGAGCUGGUGUACAGCUUCCGGGUCAUGUGGCCAGCAUGACUAAGCCACUUCUUGUGAACCAGAGCAGCGCACGGAAACACCAUUUACCUUUCUGCCAGAUUUAUCUACCUAUUUAUCUACUUGCACUUUGGCAUGCUUUCGAACUGCUAGGUUGGCAGGAGCAGGGACCGAGCAAUGGGAGCUCACCCCGUCACAGGGAUUCGAACCGCCGACCUUCUGAUCGGCAAGUCCUAGGCUCUGUGGUUUAACCCACAAGCCACCCGCGUCCCUUUGCAUGCUGAGUUGCUAACUAUUCUUGAGGAUAAGUUUGAUACUAUUACACUGGCUGUAGCAAAAUUCCUCUCAGAGGCAGUAAAUAUCAGAAAUCAGUAUGUACAGGCUAAAGCUCCUCUGUUGGCUACCAAAGCCGAUCUUACGCCUUAGUAACUGUUGAUAUUUACUAUUGUUGUACUGUGUAUUUUGGGCCUACGGACCACAGUAAAGCUCUGUGUGUGAACUAAAUACAUUGUCAGUUAAAAACAUCAUUUAUAUAGCAAAACUACCCCCUUUAUUUUUGCUGUCAUGAAGUAGGCAUGCUGUUGUUUUCUGCUUCUAAGAAUUGAUUACUCUUUGUGCAUUGGUUAGACACACUAGAGAAAUAUGCUCUUUUUAUUACAGGUUUAUCUUUACACUUGGGAAAAGAAAGUACACAUUUAAUGGCUCGAAAACCUUAUUAUCCAAGUAACUGGAGAGGCUGGGUAAGUAGGAUUUUUAUUUAAGAAAUUAAAUGCCAAAAAUUGAAGCUCAAAAUUACUCUUAUGUUGUGUGGAGGUUAGGUACUAAAUACGCUGGGUAGAUAAGCUUUUCAUAUGUAAUCAAGUUUAAAGUCCAUUUGGAAAUAGUCUGGGCUAUGACUAUCUUGCAUUAUAUAUUGUACAUAUAAAAAGGUAAAGGUAAAGGACCCCUGACAGUUAAGUCCAGUUGCGAACAACUCUGGGGUUGAGGCGCUCAUCUUGCUUUACAGGCCAAGGGAGCAGACGUUUGUUCGCAGUUUUUCUGUGUCAUGUGGCCAGUAUGACUAAAUCGCUUCUGGCGAAACCAGAGCAGCGCACGGAAACACCGUUUACCUUCCCGCCAGAGCGGUACCUAUUUAUCUACUUGCACUUUUUGGCGUGCUUUCAAAUAUUUGCAGCCAGUUCUAUCUCUGCCACAACCAAACGUCAGACAAAGCAAAAGAGAAAGAGAACUAGUUUGAGAGAGGAAAAGAACUGGUGUUGAUAAAAUGACUGAUGCUGUGGCCAGACUUGAGAGUGCCCUAUGCAACGAGCAUCUGAGCUUCUCUCUCUUUUGUUCAGGCAAGGAAGUGGCUUGAAAGAUUUCUGGUUUCUGUAUUUUUGUCUGUUGCCUGUCUUGGACUGACCGGAAGCAGAGAAGUGGUGGGAGGCAGUAUCUGGGGAACCCCAAGGGAAGAAGGCUCAGAGCCCAGGGGGUGGUGUUGGUGGGACAUCAGUGAGUGGAGAAGAGGGAGCAGGCUGGGAGGAAGAGGUUGGAAGCUGAAGGGGUAACAGGGCUUAGUGAGCUGGAAGCACCUGUGGCAGAGAACAGUCCAGGAGCAGAGGCUGGAGAGGAUGGGGCGAAGAGGCAGAAAUGAGCCAGGCUACUGAAGAAAUCACCUUCUCCCUGCCCUGGUCUCCCAGCACCCACUGCGGGUGGAGCAAAGAGACAAGGAGAAGAAAGAAGUCUCAGUUUGCUUGGGAAGGACCUAGGGGAGGAGAAGCUCACUUAGCGUGGUGUUCACCUAGCAUUUACUCCUUUGAGUUCAGUGGGAAGGGGUCCGUAGUUAGGCAAACCAUUAGGAUCCAGGGGAAGGACAUUUGCCUCUAAGCACUUCUAUCUUCUUUUACUGGAUUAAGAAGAGAACCUUUUAAUGAGGGUGAAAGAGGAGAGCGCAAAAUAUGGUCUGAAGCUCAACAUCAAAAAACUAAGAUCAUGGCCACUGGUCCCAUCACCUCCUGCAAAUAGAAGGGGAAGAAAUGGAGGCAGUAAGAGAUUUUACUUUCUUGGGCUCCAUGAUCACUGCAGAUGGUGACAGCAGUCACGAAAUCAAAAGACGCCUGCUUCUUGGGAGAAAAGCAAUGACAAACCUAGACAACAUCUUAAAAAGCAGAGACAUCACCUUGCCAAUAUAGUUAAAGUUAUGGUUUUCCUAGUAGUGAUGUAUGGAAGUGAGAGCUGGACCAUAAAGAAGGCUGAUCACCGAAGAAUUGAUGCUUUUGAAUUAUGGUGCUGGAGGAGACUCUUGAGAGUCCCAUGGACUGCAAGAAGAUCAAACCUAUCCAUUCUGAAGGAAAUCAGCCCUGAGUGCUCCCUGGAAGGACAGAUCCUGAAGCUGAGGCUCCAAUACUUUGGCCACCUCAUGAGAAGAGAAGACUCCUGGAAAAGACCCUGAUGUUGGGAAAGAUGGAGGGCACAAGGAGAAGGGGAUGACAGAGGACGAGAUGGUUGGACAGUGUUCUUGAAGCUACCAGCAUGAGUUUGACCAAACUGCAGGAGGCAGUGGAAGACAGGAGUGCCUGGCGUGCUCUGGUCCGUGGGGUCACAAAGAGUCGGACACGACUAAACAACAACAACUUCUCUCUUCAGUCAAUUGCUUGCUUGAGCCAACUGCUGGUGGAAAAGGGGAGUGUGAUGUUUCCGUUGUUCUCACUCACAAAGGUUACCCAAAUAUAUAUGCCGUCCAGAUAAUUUUUUGGCAAACCAGAAAUGGACUGCCUGCCAACUGGAGCUUAAUUUGCCCAGCUGUGUAUUAGGAGAGAACUUGAAACUGCUUUUCAUGUGCUGGAUUAGAGCUUACUAAUAUAAAAUGCAUAUGGUUCUUGGCUUUGCUGUUAAGGUUAGUAAGGUUUUCUCUCCUGGGGGCAUUUUGGAGAAUUUAAGUACUUUGAUCUUUAACCGGUAAACUAGCAAAUAUAGUUUACCAUUUAGAAUGGGGGGCAAUUAUGUCCAGCUUUGAAAAUAAAGCAAUGGGAUGAAUGAACUGUGAAGCUGAUUUCGAUUCAUGAUUCUUGUCUACUUCCAAAGUCUACUUUUGGAGGAAACUUGGCAGAAAUUGGAGGUGCUGGAUAGGGACCCAGUGAGACAGAAGGGACCAAUAUUAGGGCUCUUCAGUGUGUUUAGCCUGACUAAGCUUUGACUCAGGCAGGCACUCUGUGUGCGCUGGGCUUGCUUUUGGGAUGAACUGGAGGAGGGCAUUAGAUUGGGAUAUAUGUUGAUGCUUAAUGAUUGGGUUCAUUUCUUUGCAAAGAGAGCUUAUUACAAAUACAAAUGCAUCUUUAACCACUUCCCUUCCCCACCUGGCCCCCAGGAGACUUUGAUAACACCCCACCCUGUGCCUUUCCAUUCACUUCUGUCUGCCCGUGCCUUGGCCUUUGCAGAGUUUGAAAGAAUGAUCCUUGAUGAAAAUUGGUUGCUGAACAGGGCUCCUGUUGCGUUGACCAUUGCAAAAACAGGGGGUAUCCUUGUAAAAUACAUGUUUCUGUUUAUAUGCCCUCCACAUAUUACAGAACUACAACUCCCAUCAUCACUGGCCAUUGACUAUGAAAGCUAGGGCUGAUGGGAGUUGUAGUUGAGCUACAUAUAGAGGCCAGAAGCCCCCAAUGUCUGUGGAACCAAUGUCAUUACUGAACCUUGAGAAAACUUGGUAGGGAGGCCUUGUAGUUUGAGGAGCUAGGUGCCGCCUCUGUAAGUGAUGUUGGGAUGAGUGUUCGGACCUCUGGGUGCUCAGGGGUCCAUCCUCCCAUGCUUUUCAACAUCUAUAUGAAGCCACUGGGAGAGAUCAUCAAGGGAUUUGGGCUGGGUGUUCCCCAGGAUGCAGAUGAAUUCGGAACUAGUGAGGGCAGUGAAUGUCGUGUGUGGAUGUCUAAUGAAGGUUGGAGGAUGGAUAGUUGUCAAUGGAUUGAGGUUGAAACCCAACAAGAUGGGGGGACGAGGGGCAGGUGUAGAGGACUCCCUGCUCCUGAAUGGGGUAACUGUGCACCUAAAGAACCAGGUGCGCAGCCUUGGGGUCAUUCUAGACUCACAGCUGUCCGUGGAGGUGCAGGUUAAUUCUGCAUCCAGGAUGGCUGUCUACCAGCUCCAUUUGGUACGCUGGCUGAGAGCCUACUUGCCUGUCUUGCCAGAGUGGUUCAUGUUCUAGUUAUCUUCUGCUUGGACUACUGCAAUGCACUCGGAAACCACAACUAAUCCAGAAAGUGGCUGAUAGACUGGUGACUGGGAUAGGCUUCUGGGACCAUAUAACACUGGUCCUGAAGGAUCUAUAUUGGUUCCCAGUACGUUUCUGAGCACAAUUCACAGUGUUGGUGCUGACCUUUAAAGCCCUAAACGGCCUCAGCCCAGUGUACCUGAAGGAGAGUCUCCACCCCAAUCGUUCAGCCCAUACACUGAGAUCCAGCACUGAGGGCCUUCUGGUGGUUCCCUUAUUGCGAGAAGUGAGGUUACAGGGAACCAGGCAGAGGGCCUUCUCGGUAGUGGCACCCGCAAUGUGGAACACCCUCCCACCAGAUGUUUAGGAGAUAAACAGCUAUAUGACAUUUAGAAUACAUCUGAAGGCAGCCCUCUAUGAGAAAGUUUAAAUGUUUUGAUGUUUUAUUGUGUUUUUAUAAUUUGUUGGAAGCCACCCAGAGUGGCUGGGGCAAUUCAAUCAGAUGAGCAGGGUACCAAUAGUAAAAUCAUCAUCAUCAUCAUUAAUGGGAAAUGCUGCUUUAAAUUUUAGUUUUUCUCUUUCAAAGACUCAGUGUUGCACAAAAGAAUUCUGAGCAAUCUUUACCCUCCCUCUUUACAGUAGUGGAAAGCCCCGUCUUUCAGUGUUGCACAGAUGUUUAGCUUUCCAACAGGGCAGUGUGUUAAAACGUUACAGGCGACUGCGUGUGUUUCACACUGUUAUUAGGCUUCCUUGUGGGUUGAAAUGCCAUUUAAUAAACAGCUGUUUUCUCUCAUUGCCAGAGAUGGAGCCCUAACUGA